AUUAGCACACGAAAAAAAAGAGAGAAAAAUAAACAAGUAAGAAUCCAUGGGAGAAACUUUGUAUAGCGACGUCAUUUAUGUUGCGGUAAAUCAAUGUGUUCCAGAAAGUGAACUAAAUUUGUUAUGGACAUUGAAGACUCUUCGUGUUAAGAAGCUCUGCCUUCUUCAAGUUCUUAUUCCAUUUUCGCCGAACCCUUCAUGUGGGCUUAGCAAAAGUGAGAUCAAAGCAAUCCAAGAUUCAGAGCUGAAAACUUCAUAUGAUAGCCUUUACAAGUACCGUGAUAUCUGCUCAAACGAAGGGGUUAAUGAAAAAGAUGUGGGUAUAUCACUGGUAUCAGGAUAUGAUGUUGGUGAAGAGAUUGUGAAACUCAUCAAUCAAAACAAUAUCAAGAAGCUCGUUAUGGGAGCAGCAGCUAAUCCUCAUUAUUCCAGGGGAAUGUCUAUCACAUCUAGAAAAGCAGAGUACGUGAGUCAACAUGCACCUACUCGCUGUAAAAUUUGGUUCAUCUGCAAAGGGAAACUAAUCAAGACAAGAGAAGGAAGUUUCGACCUUGGAUCGGAUUCGCUCAAAAAACUCGGUACUCCAACUCAAAACCCAAACACAGGAAACAAUCCAGAUAAAGAUCAUUCUGUAAACAAUGAGAGCGACGCAGACUGUGCUCCCGAAGAUUAUUUUUGUCCCAUUUCAAAGGACAUAAUGAGAGAUCCUCUUGUGGCUGCUGAUGGUUUCACGUACGAGGCCAAGAAUAUCAGAUACUGGCUAAAUGUAGGGAAUAAUACGUCGCCACAAACAGGAGCAAGGCUCGCUCAUCGCGAUCUUACCCCAAACUACACUCUUCGUUCACUCAUCAUGGACUGGCUGCAGCACCACCCAAAUUAUAAACAUUGA